CGGGUCUUGUAGCGUUUUAUAUAUAUUUUCACCUGCCUUUCUUCUCCCAUCCAUCAUCAUAUCUCUCUCUAAUUUCUCUCCGUAUAACACAAACUACUCUUUAAUAAGUAUUUAUGGGUGAUCAUAAUAGCUCGCAAGCUUCUUACAUCCAUUUGGUACGACUUUAUCAAACUCUUUUUUUUUUUUUCCGUUUCUUGUCAAAUCAAUCUCUGAUCUUGAUCGAUAUUUUAUCACUUAACCGAUGCUGAUCAUAUCAUAAUCAUGUGUAUAUAUUGGUUGCAGGUGCAUCAUUUGAUAGAAGAAUGUAUAGUAUUCAACAUGGGCAAAGAAGAGUGUAUGGAUGCUCUGUUCAAGCAUGCUAAUAUUAAGCCUAUCAUCACUUCCACAGUGUGGAAAGAGCUAGCGAAAGAGAACAAAGAGUUCUUCGAGGCAUACGAGAGAAGACGAGAAGAAAUACCGACCGAGAAAGAGACAGCUCGAAGAAUCCGUGAUUUGCUUUCACGAACUACAAUCUAAGAUCAUGACACCUACUUUUACUUACAUAUACAUACACUCAUCUAUAUUACCAUAGGCAUGUGUGUGUAUAUGUAUGAUCCGACGAUUCUAUAUAUACUCUUUAGACAAUUUGUAUUAUAAUCUUCAUUAGGAAAUGAAUAAUUCACCUUUGGGGAAAUCUCUUUUUCAGCUUAGUUUAAAAUCGUUAUGAUUUAUUUGCUCUUUUUCACGUUAUGAUUUAUUUGCGUAUUACUUUUCUUUACGUUAUGAUUUAUUUGUAAGUUACCAAUUGGAUCUUAACCAUUUUCAAUGUCUAAACAAUGUUAUUGGAGCAUAAUAUACCUGUCUUUGUGU